GCAUAUGUUAUGGAAAAUGAACACAGAGGGGUUUUAUUGAUGGCCUUUUGAAUGCAGAACGAUACUGUGGAGAUAUCUUGAGUCCCAUCGUUGUGCCAUUCAUCCACACAAUCACCUCAUGUUGCAGGAAGAUAAUGCACGACCUCAUGUUGCAAGGAUCUGUAAACAAUUCCUGAAAGCUGAAAACAUCCCAGUUCUUGCAUGGCCAGCAUACUCACUUAUUAACCUCUACACCUACCACUUACUUUACAAUAAUACGAAAAAUAAUAAUUAUUGUUGUACAGCGUGACAAACAUUAUGUUUUAUUGAUGCCAGAUGUACCCCUUCUAGACUGUUUUCCCCAAAAAGCAAAUGUGAUAAUUAAUUGCACAGAUCAACAAAGUUACAAAGAGUUACUUUUUGGACAUGAUUUUUUUCUGUUUCACAAUGUGUGUUCGAACAAUCACUUCAUUUAAUAUUCAACAUUUUAUCUUCGAAACAUUGAUCUCAUGGUAUUCUUCAUGCAGUUGUAAUUGCUCUGUUUCGCUCUUCUGCUAUUAGUUUUCAUACAGGGCUGUAAUUCAUUUAGAAAUGAAAGAUCAGCAAAAGCUUGUUAAUUCUCAUGAUGUGAAAGGAGACGGACGUGUGAGCGGAAACUGUGACUGGGUCACAAUCAGAUAAAUAUAACCAGAUAAAUAUGAGUGUUUUCAGACAUUUUAAGCAUCACUGUUCUUUGGUGAACCGAUGAAGAAAAUGCUUCUCAAAUUAGUUUUGCUCUGUUUGUGGCAUCUGUCUGGUGUGUUUGGUGACGAAGUGAAGUUUGUGCGGGAGAGAACUUCAGUCACUCUAAACUCUGGUCUUACUGAAAUAAUGGAUGGUGAUCUGAUUCAGUGGAGGUUUUUUAACACUUUAAUUGCUGAAAUCAGUAAACAGGCCGAAGGAAUCACUGAAUUUUAUGAUGAUCUUGAUGUGAGAUUCGGAUCCAGACUGAAGCUGGACAAUCAAACUGGAUCUCUGACCAUCAGAAACACCAUCAGUGCACUCUCUGGACGUUAUGAACUACAGACCAACAGUCUGAGAAAGAGUUUCAAAAUCACUGUCCUUUCUGGACUUGAUUUAAGAGGAGCACAUUUAGCAUUGUCAGCGAUGGAAGGAGAUUCAGUCACUCUAAACACCAAUUUUAUUAAAAUGGCCGAUGAUGAUCUGUUACAGUGGAAAUUUUUUGAUAAAAACACUUUAUUAGCUGAAAUCAAUAAACAGACUAACAGCUUUACUUUAUAUAAUGAUGUUCUUGGUGGGAGAUUCAGAGACAGACUGAAGGUGGACAAUCAAACUUUAUCUCUGACCAUCACAAACAUCACAACUCAACAUGCUGGACGUUAUGAACUACAGAUCUUCUAUAUAAGGAUUAAUUACUUUCUUACUGUCUACGCUCGUCUGCCUGUUCCUGUCAUCAGCAGUAACACUUCACAAUGUUCAUCAUCAUCUUCUUCAUCAGAGCAGAAUUGUUCAUUGUUGUGUUCAGUGGUGAAUGUGAGUCAUGUGACUCUCUCCUGGUACAAAGGAAACAGUUUAUUGUCCAGUAUCAGUGUGUCUGAUCUCAGCAUCAGUCUCUCUCUACCUCUGGAGGUGGAAUAUCAGGAUAAAAACAGCUACAGCUGUGUGAUCAACAAUCCCAUCAGAAACCAGACCACACAUCUGGACAUCAGUCAACUCUGUCAACCAUGUUCAGACUCUGAACACUGUUGUGGUUCUACUGAAGCUGUGAUCCGAUUGGUCCUCUCUGCUUUGGUGGGCGUGGCUACUGUAAUUUUUCUGGUUUAUGACAUCAGAUCCAGAAGAACUGAACAAGAUCAUGCAUGUUUUCCAGCGUCACAAACCUAAAUUCGCAUGUCAUUAAUUCUAUAACAAUUGUGUGUAUCAUUUUUAAUUAUUUUAAUACAAAUGCUUUUGUAUUAUGCUUUUCCUGUUUAAUUAUUAGCAAAUCAUUUUCAGGCUAAAAUAUUAUUAAUAGUAACAUUCGCGUAUAAUAGUAAUAGUAACAGUUGCGUAUAUGAUCAAAUGCCAUGAUUCAUCAAUAUUACAAUGCCUUUUUAUACAAUCUUAAUUCUAUUACAACAUUAGCUUUCAUAUUUUCUGAGUGUACCUUGUAGUUUUAUUUUAUACGGAUCAGACGGCUUUAAUACUGAAGCUCUUCAACUGGCAGAACAUGAAAACAAGAAAACAGAAGUGCUAUCGCAUUAUUAUAAUUUCCGUAAAAUCUA